GGGUGGGCCUCUCCGCCCAUCGAAAUUGGAGAUUUGAUAUCUGUCAGAACCAGAAAAUUAUUCAGAGACAAGCGAGUGGAGUCAUCCUCUAAUUUUAGGGCUAACUUAAUCACAGCUAUCUCCUUAUCUGAUCUAGCCCAAUUCUGGUCGAAUCAGAACCCAGCAAGUCACUCCCAGAUUAGGGCUAGCCCAUGAGUCGGGCCGUCGUUCAUCUCAUCAGUCUUUGGGGGGUCUUUUAAAUCUCGCCAUCGUGACCGUGGAGAGUUUUUCACAUGGCGUAUUUAACAAGAAGCUUCCCCGAGUGGCGCGGGGGAUCUCGGUGACUUAUUUGUCUGAUUACUUGUUGUUUAUCGUGAGAUUCAGUUCCUUUGUCACCAUGGAUGCUUCGACAGGCUCAUCGAUGAAUCUGCGCCCGAGAGAGACAACAGACACCGAAUAUGACACGGAUAUUGGGGUACUGCAAUGGGAUGAGACCAUGCAACAUCACCAUCAAGACAACCGCGAGGCCAAUUACCACCCACAAGCCAUGCUGACAGACGAUAUCCGCUUUAUCCCAACCCUAUCCGUCACCGGCCACACGCCCUCCCUCCUGCAUUCAUUACCCAUUUCUGCACAUUCAAACCUUUCCCCGCCAGCCGCAACGGCCUGCAUCACGAUGAAUCCAAUAGACUCCGCAGUUGUGUGCUCUGUAGGGGCUGACUCUCAACAUCUCGACCACAACGGGUAUAGAUCAUCGAAUGGUGUCAAUCGACGACAGUCCCAAAACCGUGAAGCCCAGCGUCGAUUCCGAGAACGGAGGGAACAGGAACGAGUACAAACUCAAGUCAAGAUGGACGUGCUUCGUACAGAAAACAAACGCUUGUCGGACUUGUUCCACUUGCUAAGGACCGAGAAUAACAGGCUUGAGGGGGAAAACGAGCGAUUGAAGAAUGAGGUGGAGAUAUUGCGAAAACGGUGGAAGGAUGUCCUGCGUGUAAUGUCGGAGAUGGCGCAACAAGAUGGACGGACCGCAGAUCAUCGGAUAACAUCCCCGGCUGCGAGUUGUUCUUCGUCGUCGUCACCAUCCGGCUCUUGUUCGCAGAUAGACGUACAGAGUCUAAGACGUUCGGUGGUGAUGCAGACGCUGGUAGCACUUUUCGAAGAGAGAGGAGCAGAAUCAACGCAUUCUGUCUGCUUGAAAGACCGUUCUGAGAGUCCUUAAAUCACAUUAAUAUGCUGAGAUGACAACGAUUUCGUGAAAGAAAGAAACGAGCCUUAGAAAGAUAGUUCCCGUUUGAUGGCAGUUCCCUUUAACUAAUAUACAGGGAGACUUAGUUUAGCUUAUAUUGGCAUCUCCACCAUUUGUCAAGCUUCGGGAAUCAUUACUGCUUAAUUAUGCAGCAUCUGCCG